CUGGUCUGUUUUGGGUAGACGGUAAAACCAGUUAAGCGUGAUACAUUGGUGGAAAACAAGAAAUGGCUUCAUUUCUGCAGCAGUUGCGACUGCUACUGUGGAAAAACUGUCUGAGUGUUUGGAGACAGCCGGUCUGGUCUCUAGCACUUAUCAUCUGGCCUCUAAUAAUCUUUAUAAUCCUAGCCAUCACCCGGUCCAAGUUCCCACCUGAAAAACAAUCUGCCUGUUAUGUGGCCCCUCGUAACCUCCCCAGCGCCGGCUUCUUCCCCUUCCUCCAGACACUCUUGUGUGACGCUGACAGCUCUUGCAAGAACAAAUCGCUUCAGCCACAGACUAAUAAGAUGAUGUUCUCAAAAAGUUUAAACUGGACCCCUGAAGAUGCCAAUUGGAUGGCCAGCUUUCCCUUAAACGGAGAGUUUUUUGAGAAACUGGGCAUUGGUGGGGGACGAUCGGCUGAGCAGAGGAGCAGUUCGGAGUUACUCACACAGCUGACUGACAUGCAUAACAUCUGGACCACAAUGAUAAAUGCUGAUUUCCAAAGCCUGGCAAACAUCACCUCCAAUAUUGACACACUCAACCAGACAGUACAGGUUGAACAGGACGGGGUAAAUGAAAUGCUGGUCUCUGCUGAUUUUCUGAAGAAGGUUUUGUGCAAUUACACUCUCCCCUAUGUCAAAAAGACUGGCAACAGCGCUGUGGACUUCAUGGGGGACAGUUACAUGACGUUCUGUCUGUCAAAUGGCCCUUUCCUAGAAGCAUGCCUCUUUACAAUGAAUCAGAUGUUCACAAGGGUUAUGACGGAAAAUCCAGUGGAGGUUUUAAACACAAGCGUGAUAGUCCUGGGGGUGAUAGCAGAGCUGCAGAACAAGUCUGUUGUCUGGGAGACGCUGCUAGACUUGCCCUAUCUCUUCCUUCCUGGGAGUCUGGAUGAGAAAGUGCAGCUAGGGAUUAAACUGCUGGAGAAUAUGAACAGCAUACUGCAGAUUGUACAGAAAGGAUACCCCCAGGCUAAUAUCCCUCUGAAGUCUGUGACCCCCACCAUCGAUGAAGCCAUUCACUUCCUACAGUACAUUCUCCACUGGCCUGGAAGAGGUGUUAAUAUUUCCCUGCAAGAUGUUCUGAGUGGACAGCCUCACAUUUCAACCAGCCAAGAACAAGCUCUGCUGGACACUGUUGUCAUUCCGUUAGACAAGGCGCUUCUUCUGGUGGAUUUCAAUGCCUUCAGUUCUUAUAUCUGCCUGGGUCUUAAUGGAUCUGGGGCUCCAACAAAAGACAGCCUCAACAGUCUCUGCGCAAACAACGGGCUGCAGCCUGUAUUUGAGAGGAUCGACAGGAACAAAGUGGCAGAGCAGAUCUUUCUGGCGUGGAGCCGAGGAGUCUCCAGGUCAGAUGUGCGCUUUGCUAUUCUCAGAGUGAACAACCUGCUGAGUCUCUUCCUACCUGGCAGUGAAGACAUCACCUCCACCCUCACCAACACCAGCACGGUGCUCAACGACUGGCUCCUGGCUGUUACCGACAGCAUCCUGCUGUCCAUGAACAAGACAACCAGGGAAAUCACAUUCGUGGACAUGACGACCGCAGUGCUCCAUACCCUGAGAGAGCUCCCAGGCUGGCCCUCCGUUCAGAGGGCGCUCGGGGUGGCAGUGGGGAUAAUGGAGUUCGCCACUGACCUCCUGAAGACACAGACAGAUAUCCUGAGCCAUGCAGAGGCAGUUGCCAUCAAUGUGCAGAGCAUGAUUCAGUCAUUGCUAAGCAACAACACUUUUUUUGAUGCCUGGGUUGGAAAGAACAUAAAUGCAACCUUGGAAACAAUACAGGAGGUGCUGCAGCCAGGGCGGCAGGUGGCCUGUUCCAGCCUCACUGCUCCGUGGGCUGACCUCUUUACCCAGGUAACCCUUGUGAAGGAAGACUGGCCUGCCUUGUUAUGCAACCAGAAUCCGUCCCUCCUGCUCAUGAGGCUUCAGAAAACAGUGGACCCACUCAUCACUAAAGUGUACAUGCUGAUUGAUUUGAUUAAUGGAACUCAAACAAGUGAGGUGACCGCUCCCCAGAUCCUCUCUGCAUGGGAAACUCUGGAAACAUCCUAUCUGAAGUGCAUUGAGGUCAUCGGCAGGGUCACUCAGAUCCUGGGCUCGGAGUACUGGCGAGCCUGGGCUAGAAACACCGGAGCCAUGACUGCGAACUGGACUGCAAUGCUGCAGGAGAGGACACUGGAAGAAGUUGAGCAGCUGGGUUUUGAACUUCAGGCCAGCGUUCUGUGGCCCACAGUGAAACCAUACUUUGACACAGCAUACUGGAUUGUGGCUUACUCCAGUCAGCCGAACGCCACCGUACCACCCAACUGUACUUUCAUCAAUUCAGCCAUGUCCCUGGAUUGCAGCUCUGCGUUCAGCUGGAAGCAGUUUGUCCUAAUGACUGUGGCGCUCUGUGAAGAAGUGGCCAAAGAUCAGACAUCGCUACUGAGGAUACUUCGUGCAAGUGUAUUAUUUGUUCAGGACAGUUUCCAGAAUUAUGCGGCUGAGCUGCUAAGGCAGUAUUUGACUGAGCAAGCGAAUAACCAGCCCCUUAGGAAUGAAGUCCUCAAAGAGCUAAUGGGGAUAAUCGUGCAGCUGGGGGAAUCGAGCAUUGAGUUACUGGCCAACGCAACUUCACUGGAUCAUCUCAACAGCAACAUCUCCACAACGUUCCUACACAGCAUGCUGGAGACCUUCCACUUGCUGCCUUUGGAGGCCAUAUGGAAGGAAGGGGGUUCCAGCAGCACAGAGAUUGUCAGCAGUGUUUUACAGGCCGUGGAAAACAACAAGAAGUUGUUGGCAGCUUUAAAUAUGGGUCCCAUAAACAGUACUAACCCCUCAAUCCACAAGCUGGAUUCGUUGCUUGAAAAAUGGCUGUCAGGGGGUGGCGGUCUCCGGCCGCUAACUUUUAGCAUUGGAGAAACCCUCAUCAAGUUCUCCUCCUUGAAUUUAUCUGAACAGGCCUUCUUCAAAGAAGUGCUGCAGCCCUUGUUGCAAGCUAAUCUAAACGGGUCUCAAGCUACUCAGCUUGUGCUGCAGAUUCUUGGGGUGUUCGAUCAAGUGGCCCAAUCCCGGGAUGAGCCUCUAGCGCUACUGAACGGGUAUCUCAAGCAACUUCAAAACUUCCUCAACUCUGAUGUGAAACCAGAGGCUCUGCUGCUAAUACAGAACCCUUACAUCCAAACUAACAGCAACUUCUCCCUGCUGCUCAGUUAUGACCAACAUCAAGUCGCCCUGGACAUGCUCCCUUUCCUCUCCCCCGCUGCUGUGCAGAAAUGGGUCUCAAUCGGUGCCGAUGCUCCCUUGACAGUGCUGCAGCAAUUUGUUCUAUUCCUACCUGACAGCCAAGCAGUGGAAUUGGGAAACAUAGUCAACAACACAGCAAGGCUAUUUGAGGCAGUGAACUUGUGCACAAUGACUUCUCCCAACUGCACGGCUGUCAUUUACGAAACUUUGAACGUGCUUAUGCAGGCUGCAGAAGCUUUACAUGACAUCAACAACAACAACAACAGUUUAUCCAUUCUGGUUGAACUAGCCUCCCGAUUCAAUAAUUCCGAAUUCAGUUUAAAACUGCAGGAAAACAUGUCCCUUGUUUUGACCACUGAUCUGAUUUCCAUGCUCAUUCCUCUGGGAGCAACAACAAACAGUUCUGUUCCAGCAUCCGCUGUGUACCUGACAGUAGCUCAAACACUCGCCUUCCUUAAACAGGUUGUGUCUACCCCGGAUUUCAAUAUGAUCACUCUUCAGGAGGCACUGGAAACCUCAAACCUCAACAUAACUGAACUCAACAAUAUUCUCCAUGCAGUGGGUGCGCCCAAUGCAUCAGAGCUGGUUUUAGAAAUUAGCAACAUUGUUGGCGUUCAAGAGUGCUAUAAGCUAAGACCAAAUGACUCUUUGUCUUGUACUCUGGAGCUUGCAAACAAGCUGAUGGAUUUGCUUCAGCAAAUGGACUUAACAAAGGAAAUCAAAGGCAGGAUUUCAGCUGUGAAGUCCAUAUUGCAGUACUGGACAGAAGAAUUAAACGGGAAGAGCAGUUUGCCAAGACAGCUGGAAGGUCUUUAUGAUUUUACGUCGGUGUCCUUGCAAGAUGGAUCUCUGGUUAACGGGAUCAGAACAACCGUGACCUUGAUUUCCGAUAGCCUGAUGAAAAUAAAAUCCAGCAUGGGACAGCUUGGCAUUGAAUCCCCAGAGCAGUUUGAUACUGGAGUUCAGAUAUUGGAUGAGUUCAUUCAGAUGUUUGUAAAUGGAACCUAUCCCUACAAUAUGACCACCAAGACCGCCAUUAACAAUCUGCGAUUGGAAGACAUCGGACUGUACCUGGAAAUAACAGAAUGGUACCUCAACAAGCUGGAAAACAUAACCCUCCAAAACAACAUUUCAGGGAGUCUCUAUCCACUUUUUCGAAUUACUGAAAUGGCUUUGGCAAAUGCGGUAUCCAGCAUUCAGCUGUCUUCUAGCCUGCUUUCUAUGGUGAACUUGACCAAAGACUUCGUUCAGUCUAUUCUUCCUUUUGAUGUGUCAGACCUGAGGAAGGUCCUACAGUUCUUUACCCAGACCAUCAUGCCAAAUGUGAAGAUAUUCAUGGACCGGCUCUUAAGUACUUUGCCUCAAAACAGCACAGACCCAUUCUUAAAAGAACAGUUCAGACAAGACUAUUCAGAACUGCUAGACUUUGCUUCAGCCUUGCUGGAACCUUUAGCUCUGGUCAACAUCUCCACUGCCUCGGUUUCUAUUGAGGACAUUGUCACCCGACUAGAAACCAUGAGAAAAAACGAUUCUGAAUAUAACAUGGAUCCACUUUUCAGUCUACUGUCAAAAGAUGUUGAAAUGGCAGUGAAAGUGUUUAAAUUAUUACAAGAAGGGAUAAAAGUCCUUGCCACAUUCAAGUCAGAAGGAGACGCCAACCAGACUCUGUUCAAUCUGUCAAGCCAGAUGAUGGCGUUUGACAAGUUAAUUGAUUAUAUACAGCUACUCCUACCUGCUGAAAAAAGCCCAUAUGUUGACAUGGCUGUCCGCAUUUUUGAAAUGCUUUGGGACACUGUGAUUGUAGCCACCGGACCAGGAGAGCGCAACACCGAAGACAUCCAAAGCUUGUUUUUAGAUGAAGCAAAGCUCCUUCUGAACAGCACGGCUCCCCUCACAGAGCAGCUGCCUGAAGCUGUGGUCACUGACUUGUUUGCUGUGCUGCAAGGCUCCAUGCAGCUGGCCCUCUCUUCCAGCGAGUCAGGCUUUCCCAAAGACAGGAACCUCACCACUGAAGUGAUUGGAAGACUCCAGAACCUUGUGAGAGCACUCAUCCCACAGCCUGCUGCUUCCAUUCUAAUACCCAUGUUAGAAACUGUGAAAAUAUACUUUAAGACUAUCUCCCAAGAUGAUGGCCCUGACACUUGGAACCUGAUUAUUGAGCAAGAAUUGCAUUACUUUUUGCCAAAUGACAGUAACUGGAGUGACUACAUCAGCCUGCUUCAGAAUAUCUCAGCAUGGCUGUCCCAACAAAGCCAAGGGAAUACCACGAGUCUGGGAAUCGCUGGCUAUCUCCUGGAGAGGAUCCUUGAUGGUGAAGGAAUAUCAGACAAUACAUCACUUACUGAGAUGCUCUUUGAGAAGGCGUUGGCAGGCUGGGGAGAUGCCUCUCAUGAGAGUCCCAGCCCCCUGCUCCAGACUUGGCUCCACACUCUUGCUUCACUCUUUCCUGAUGUGGGGCAUGCUAUGGGACCGCUUAACAUCACAGAAGCUAGGGCUGAGAGAAUUCUCCCAGUUCUCAUCCGGCUAGCGAGUGGGGCCGUGGAGAAGGAUCUCUGGAAAAUGAUGUCAGCUAUCCUGGAGGCAGUGUUAUCUUCGUUAAAGGAGACUCCAGCCUGGGAACCAGUACAGGACAUUCUGUCCCUAGAACAAGCCCUCUCCAGUGUGGUUGUCCAGUCUCUCAAAGUGGAAACAGAACUCAAUCUGUAUGUGAAAGUAUUUCUGGGUAAUCUCACCGCCAGCCUGAAACGAGUCAUACAGGACAGUGGUGGCAUUUUGACUGAAUCCAUUCGACCAAUCCUACAUGCAGUGUCCGAAACCGCCAGCAUCAUUAGGGAGGUAAGGUCUGCUUUACCGACAGAUCUGUCAAUUUGACU